AUGAAAGUUUUACUGGCUUCCAAGAAUUUCCAAGGGACAAAAAUAACUGAAUAUCCAUGGAAGUUUUACUGGCUUCCAAGGAUUUCCAGGCUUCUAAUUCUAGGUACUAAUUCUGGUUCCGGUGCUGAUUCUAACUCUAAUUCUAAUUCCGACUCUCUGGUGCUGAUUCUAACCCUAACUCUGAUUCUGACUGACUCUGGUGCUGAUCUUGAUUCUGACUCUAAUUCUCUUGGAUCAGUUCAUGUACUGAAUCUAAGACCCUGCAUCUUAUGUCUAACUGAAAUUCUUCUAGGAUCACUACCUCUUGUGAACCUAAGACAUUGUUCUUCAUGCCUAACUGAAACUCUUCUCCAAGGAUGCAAUCCAAAGGAUCAUUCUAAAAGAUACGAGUGUACACCAACACUCAGAAAAAUUCUACAAGAGCUAAACAGAUUCACACUUGAUGCCCCUACACAGAACCCAGAUGCCCCUGCUAUGCUUGAUCGUAUAUUGUGUUUCUUAGCCAGCUAUGAAAUAAUCACUUACUCUCAAGUGAUCUCUGGUGGUGAUGAUGAUGAUGGUCAAGUUCAAAGGUACUAUUUGAAAGAUGCAGUUCUUGAAGGAGGAAUUCCUUUUAAUAAGGCUCAUGGAAUGGAAUUCUAUGAGUAUCUUGGUAUGGAUCCAAGUUUCAAUGAAGUUUUCAAUAAAACAAUGUUUGACCUCUCCAUUACACUUAUGAAGGGAAUACUUGAGAUUUAUGAAGGGUUUGAGAAGGCCAAUGUGGUGGUUGAUGUGGGUGGUGGAUUAGGGGAAAAUCUUGACUUGAUUACUUCUAAGUAUAACAUUAAGGGUAUUAACUUUGAUUUGCCACAUGUGAUAGCUACUGCUUCUGCUUAUCCCGGGGUGGAGCAUGUUGCAGGGAAUAUGUUUCUGAGUGUUCCAAAAGGGGAUAUCAUUUUUAUGAAGAUGAUACUUCAUAACUGGAGUGAUGAUCAUUGCUUGAGGUUAUUGAAGAAGUGUCACGAAGCAUUACCAGAUGAUGGAAAGGUGGUAGUUGUAGAGACAAUUCUUCCAACGGUCCCUGAAACUAAUUUUCUGGCCAAAAAUGUCUUUGGAUCGGACUUGCUCAUGAUGGCUCAACAGGUUGGAGGAAAGGAGAGGACGGAGAAGGAAUACAGGGCCUUGGCAAUGGGUGUUGGAUUUGAAGGCUUUAAAUUCAUCUGUCGUGUUGUGGCCGCUUCUAUCAUGGAAUUUCACAAAAUGACGUGA